GAAACAUGGUGGGGCUGAACCAUGGUGGGGCUGACAGACGAUGGAGACGGGGCCCGCGGCUGUGCCCCCACGGCUGUGUCCCCCAGGAGAGCUCCGUGUCCCCAGGCAGCUGCCUCACCUCCUGCCCCGUCCGCCUGGGCCUACGUGGAGGAUCUGGCCUGCACCGGGAUGGCAGCCGCCGGCCGGGCGCUGAGCAGCGCCCUGCGCCUUGACGCCAUCCCCAGGCUGCUGCCGCCGAUGUCCACCUCCAGCCGCAGCAACUCCAACCGCGCCUCCAUCUCCCACCUCCACAGGCAGCUCUACGGCCGGCUCUACCCCGUCCUCCUGGUCAAGACCGACGGCUCCACCGUCCGCCUCCGCUACAAAGAGCCCAAGAGGAUCCUCAUGCUGCCCCUGGACAGCAGCACGCUGCCUGAGGCGGAGCGCAAGGCCCGGCUGAGGAGGCAGUUCCCCAGCAAGCCGAAGGCCGCUGUGGAGGAGACCUUCGAGGGCAUCGACCUGGGCACCUACAAACGGUUCUGGAAGAAGUGAAGUAAAAUUCAAGUUAAAAAAAAAAAAUAAUAAUAAUAAAUGAAUAAAGCCGGGAAACGAGGCGUCGUGGUGCAGUUCUG